GAAGCCAGCGCCAGCGGCCGCCAUGGCGUCGCGCAUCGGGCUGCGCAUGCAGCUCAUGCGGGAGCAGGCGCAGCAGGAGGAGCAGCGGGAGCGCAUGCAGCAGCAGGCCGUCAUGCACUACAUGCAGCAGCAGCAGCAGCAGCAGCUGGGGGGGCCACCCACCCCGGCCAUCAGCACCCCCGUCCACUUCCAGUCUCCACCCCCUGUGCCCGGGGAGGUGCUGAAGGUGCAGUCCUACCUGGAGAACCCCACCUCCUACCACCUGCAGCAGUCCCGGGACCAGAAGGUGCGGGAGUACCUGUCCGAGACCUACGGGAACAAGUUUAAUGCCCACGUCAGCCCCGCCCAGGGCUCCCCGAAGCCCCUGCCAGCCGCCUCCCCGGGGGUGCGGGCUGGCCAUGUGGUGUCCUCCUCAGCGGGCAACAGUGCGCCCAACAGCCCCAUGGCCAUGCUGCACAUCGGCUCCAACCCUGAGAGGGAGUUUGACGUCAUCGACAACAUUAUGUGUCUGGACGACGUCCUGGGCUUCAUCAAUCCUGAGUCUCAGAUGCCCAACACGCUGCCGCUGUCCAGCAGCCACCUGAAUGUGUACAGUGGUGACCCUCAGGUCACAGCCUCCCUGGUGGGUGUCACCAGCAGCUCCUGCCCAGCUGACCUGACCCAGAAGCGUGAGCUUACAGAUGCUGAGAGCCGGGCCCUGGCCAAGGAGCGGCAGAAGAAGGACAAUCACAACCUAAUUGAAAGGAGACGGAGGUUCAACAUUAACGACCGCAUCAAGGAGUUGGGAAUGCUGAUCCCCAAGGCCAACGACCUUGCAUGGCAAAUCCUUGGCCGCCCUGAGCACACACCUCUGCUUCUGCUGCCCUGCAGGGACGUGCGCUGGAACAAGGGCACCAUCCUCAAGGCCUCUGUUGAUUACAUCCGGAGGAUGCAGAAGGACCUGCAGAAGUCCCGGGAGCUUGAGAACCACUCUCGGCGCCUAGAGAUGACCAAUAAGCAGCUCUGGCUGCGAAUCCAGGAGCUGGAGAUGCAGGCUCGAGUGCACGGCCUCCCCACCACCUCCCCGUCCGGCAUGAACAUGGCCGAGCUGGCCCAGCAGGUGGUAAAGCAGGAGCUGCCUAGCGAGGAGGGCCGGGGGGAGGCCCUGCUGAUGGGGGCCGAGCUCCCCGACCCGGAGUCACUGCCGGCUCUGCCACCCCAGGCCCCGCUGCCCCCGCAGGCCCAGCCACCCCAGCCACCGUCCCCAUUCCACCAUCUGGACUUAAGCCACAGCCUGAGCUUCGGGGGUGGGGGCGACGAAGGGCCCCCCGGCUACCCUGAGCCGAUGGGGCAAGAGCCCGGCUCCCUGUUCCCCAACCUGUCCAAGAAGGACCUGGACCUCAUGCUCCUGGACAACUCCCUGCUGCCGCUGGCCUCCGACCCCCUCUUCUCCACCAUGUCCCCCGAGGCCUCCAAGGCCAGCAGCCGCAGGAGCAGCUUCAGCAUGGAAGAGGGCGAUGUGCUGUGACCCUGGGACGGGCAGGCCUGGGGGCUGCGAGGGCAGGGCCGCCUCCCUCCCCCCUUCAGGCUGCACUUGUGUGUGAAGUAGCCACCUGCCCUGCCUCACUCCUCCCUUCGGCCCCUUGUUUGGACUUAGUGCCCGCUUGGCAGCCUGUGGGGUCGGGAGAAGCCCCGACCCGGCUCAGUACUCCGGGGGCAGCCCUCUGAUGGGCUGGGCAGGAGGAGGUCGUGACCCUGGCCCCAGGGGGUGUGCUGGAGGUGAGAGGAGGCCCUGGAGGGUCCUGUCUUCUGAGCCCGAGCUCCCACCCCACCAGUGAAGGACUCAUUGGAGCAGGGGGUUCAGCAAGUUCCUUCUCUGAAGCGGUGACUGGUCCAGGGGGAGCCCCAGCCUGCUUUUCUGGGACUCAGAUGGCAACAAGCCCGUCCUCCAGCCUGGCCGCCCCCCUCACACAGGUGGGGCGCCCCCAGCCCCCCUUUGGUGCUAACAGCUCUCCGCCAGGCGGUGUGAGGGCGGGGGUGGCCGGCAGAGGGUGCCGGGUUCAGGCUAGUGUGGGGUCUCUGCUGGAAGAGCAGCUCCCCUCCAGUCUCCCCACUUUGUGCCUUUAGUAAACACUGUGCUUUGUAA